AUGUCUCUCAAGUUCGUUGCCGCGAUUGUCCUCUGCAUCGUCGCCACUGCGAUGGGGGCUGUUGCCGACCCGACCGCGUCACAGGACCUGACUGCCAGGGCCGAUUGCGAUGUCGACUCCGCCGUGCCGUUCUUCCGUGCUUACAGCACCUCUGCCACGGACCACUUCUACACUACUAACUACGCCGAGAUGAAGAACGCCAUCACCAACCUGAGCUACUCGUACGAGGGCAACAUGGGUCUCAUCUUCCGCAUCCCCACCGUCUCCACGGCGCUGCUCUAUCGCCUCUACUCCCCCAACGCUUUCGAUCACUUCUACACUACCAACCAGAGCGAGGCCAACAAUGCGGUACGCGAGCUGGCUUACUACGACGAAGGCGCCGCGGGCUACGUCUUCCAGACCGAGAUCUGCGGUAGUGUCCCGCUGUACCGUCUGUACAGCGCCAGCGCUAUGGACCACUUCUACACCACCAGCGAGACGGAGCGGGGGAAUGCGAUCUCCCAGCUCGGGUACUCGGACGAAGGAAUCGCGUGUUAUGUCAUGCCUGGCCUCUGA